UGGUGGUGUGUGAGAGGGGGGGGAGAGGUGGAGCUCUACUAUCAGAGCUGUGAUGAAGUCCUUGAACGCAUCGCGAUCAAAAGUACCAGCAGAGCGCUGAGUGACAGUCCUGCUCCACGGUAGCAGCUCCGCGCCAGAGAAACCAGAGCAGAGCCGAGCGAGGCAGGGGUGGGGGGACAGGCACAGAGACCGCGUGCAGCAGGAUGGGCUCCGCGCACCGCGAUGUGCAGUAAUUGGGAUUAAAACUACCGGACGGCGCUUGGAAACACUCACAGCAGCAGCAACAGCAGUAGUAAUAGUAGUAGUAGUAGUAGUAGUGGAGAGCAGGGGGAGCUCCGCCGCAUGUGCUCCUCUGUGUGCGCCUGAAAGAACUUGUUUUGCUCCGUGCGCUGGGCAAAAAUCGACCCCCUCCUCCUCCAAAGAAAGAAGCGACCCGGCGGUCAUAAACAAACACGGGUUCAGAUUUAAGCUCCGGGACUCGCAGUUGCAGCAACCCCAAACCGACCUCUGACUCUCCUCUCACAUGCCAGCGCCGGUGUGGGGGAGAGAGGCAGAGGAGAGGAGCCGGGGGAUGUUUGGAUCAGCUCGCUGAACUCGCACAAACACCGACGAGGAAAACGAGAAGUCGCGCUGGUUUUUCACGUGGGGGUUUAAAAUAAAGAGAGAGAGAUCGGAGGGUGUCAUGGAGAGCCAAGCGGGUGAGCAGCACAGCCACGAGGACGUGCGGAAGAGCGGCUACCUCCGCAAGCACAAGUCCAUGCACCGGCGGUACUUCGUGCUCCGUGCCGCCUCGGAGCGCGGUCCGGCCCGCCUGGAGUACUACGAGAGCGAGAAGAAAUUCCGGGGCAAGGCCCCCGUCCCGAAGAAAGUGGUGGCGCUGGAGACCUGCUUCAACAUCAACAAGCGGGCCGACUCCAAGAACAAGCACAUGAUCGUGCUGUACACCCGGGCAGAGAGCUUCGCCGUGGCCGCGGAGAACGAGGCGGACCAGGACGAGUGGUACCAGGCCAUGGUGGAGCUGCAGUGCAGGAGUAAGAAUCCUAAUGACGGUAGCGGUGCAGGAGACUAUGGAGUGCCUAAUCCUGGACCAGCAUUCAAAGAGGUAUGGCAGGUAAAGGUAUGGCCCAAAGGCCUGGGUCAGGCCAAGAACCUGGUUGGCAUCUACCGCCUUUGCCUGACCGACAAGACGGUGAACUUUGUGAAGCUCAACUCUGAUGCUGCCGCUGUGGUGCUGCAGCUGAUGAACGUGAGACGCUGCGGCCAUUCAGAAAACUUCUUCUUCGUUGAGGUGGGACGCUCUGCGGUGACAGGCCCGGGCGAGUUCUGGAUGCAGGUGGAUGAUUCAGUAGUCGCCCAAAACAUGCAUGAAACCUUGCUAGAGGCCAUGAAGGCAUUGAGUGAGGAGUUCCGCCAGCGCAGCAAGUCUCAGUCCAACUCUGGCCCUGGAGGAGGUGCUACUGCUUCUAACCCCAUCAGUGUUCCCUCACGCCGCCACCACCCAAACCCUCCUCCUAGCCAGGUUGGCUUCACCCGCCGGCCCCGAACCGAGCCCCCUGGAGGAACUAACAGUGGAGCACCCAUCAACUGUGCCAACGCUUCUCCCACGCCAAGGCAUAGCUUCCCGAGGUCUCGCACUGCAAGUGAUGGGGGGAAAGGGGAGGACGGGAUAACAGGUGCCACACCGAUCCAUGGGGUGAACUCCAGCCCCUCCACCAAUGGCUCCUGCUCUACCACCCCAAUCCUCAGAUCAAAAUCAGCUCGUUCAGCACCCACCACAACUGCUAAAACUCCUUUAGCGUUGAUGCGCUCUAUCUCGACCCCAGCUCCUUCCCCAGCUCCAAGUCUGUCCUCUAGCUCUGGUCAUGGCUCAGAGUUUGGUGGCUUAACGUCUUGUGCUGGUGCUCCGGGGUCUGGAGCCUACAGUCGUAUCCCCUCUCAUCGAGCCUCUGUCUCAGGCUCACCCAGUGACUACGGAUCCUCAGACGAGUAUGGUUCAAGUCCUGGAGAUCACACGGUCCUACCUUCGCCUAGCCUCCCUGGAAGCUCUGUUGGCAGUGUCAGUAGUCAGUCCCUCAGUGAAGAUGGAGCCAACUAUAUCCUAAUGGGCCAACGUGGUAGCAGUGGUGGUGGCAACAGUAAUCAAGGAAGUGGCUCCCAGCCAACACCAGGAACACCAACCUCUGGCUCCCAAACUAAAAGAGUUCUACGCCGCUCCUCCAGCCGGGAAUGUGAAGCUGAACGUAGGCUGCUGAGCAAGCGGGCCUCCUUACCUCCUAUGGCCCUGGAAAGGCUGGCUCCACGUCAGCGCAGAGCCGAGGAGCCAGCAGAUGACGAUUCGGCUGAUUACGCUAUCAUGUCAAGAAGCACGAGCCGAGAGUCUUUUACUUCCACCUGCUCUUCUACACAGAAGGAAUCUGCCAUGAGUGCUGGGUCGGCAGGGGGAGGAGGAGGGUACUUGGAUGUGGCAGGAGAGUUUAAAGCUGAAGGCAGUGUAGGAGCAGGUGGUAGUGUAGAUUUAGGCGUGGACAAUGGGUACAUGUCUAUGCUACCUGGAGUUACUCAGCCUCCGACGUCCCUUUCCCAGUCACUGGCCGUUUCGGUCCCCGACUCAGAAUCCAGACCUGCUGAUGAUUACAUGGCCAUGACUCCUAACAACAGCGUGUCUCCUCCACAGCAGAUUCGACCUCCACCAACUUCUGAUGGCUAUAUGAUAAUGUCCCCUAAUAGCAGCUGCUCCCCUGACCAGCGUGGAGGUCUUUCAGGUGGGACUUGGGUGGGCAGUGACAGUGCAGACAGCAGGCCAGGCAGUGACUAUAUGAACAUGUCUCCAAUUAGUGCACGUUCUGUAAACGGCAGUCCCCCACCUCCUGAGCACUCAUCACAUUUGGAGACCAGUCCACAGCAACAUGGUCCCAAGAUGGUGUACUCUUACUAUUCCCUACCCAGGUCUUAUAAGCAUAGCCCCUCUACUGGACACUUUGAUGAUGGUCCUGGACGAGGAAGAAGGCCCAAUGGGAGUUCUAGGAGGGGAAUGGGUGGCGGUAAACCUAUUAGAGGGCUUCAGGAGCAAGCAGCAGUUGGUAAUGCAGUGGUUGGACGCCACCUGUCUCUCUCGUCUUCAUCGUACUCCUCCAGCUCAGCCAGCAGUGAAAGUCUGGGUGAGAGCGAUGAGCGAACUACCCAGGCUUUGAGUAACGCGACUGGGGGAACUCAGUCCAAGGAUGGGAGUAAGCAGCAGCAGAGAAGGGGCUCUGGUGGGUUGUCCAAGCAGGGUAGCUAUACUAGAAGCAGACCUGUUAGCCUGUUUGUUGACGUAUCCAAAGCUAACACUCUUCCUAGAGUUCGUGAGAACCCUCUGCCACCAGAACCUAAGAGCCCUGGGGAGUAUGUAAGCAUUGAAUUCAAGGGGGAGAAGGGCAAUCCGACUGGGAUAGGACUAGGUCGUGGUAGGGGUCUAAGGCAUGGCUUAUCGCUGCCUCAUGGCUCCAGCAGCCAGCAGCCUCAAAACAAGCCAUCUUCUUCCUUUGGAAACUUUAUACCCCUUUCCCGUAGCCCAUCUGCCCCUAUCACUCCACCAGCUGCCUCUGAGUACGUCAACAUGGACCUGGGCCCUUCUCCAUCACCCUCACCCCUCUCUCUUACCCCGCUGGUUUUCCCCUCUUUCCAUACCCCUCCCACACCCCCAACUCUUGCUCAUGCCCCUAAACCCUGUAAUGAGGAUAAUACUAGACCUCAUGAAGAUGAGGUUGAAGUGGCUGAGGCCCCACUUAGGAAAAGCAGAGAAAGCGUUCCAUCAGUGACCAAAUCCGAGUCUCCUACAUCAUGUGGAGACUACACAGAGAUGGCCUUCAGUUUGAAUAACAACCCUGUCCCCCGGUCAUCAUCUAGCGUCUCCCCAAAAGGCCCAUCUCCCACCAGGGAUGAUACAUCUGUGCUGCCACGGGGUCUAGACUUUCCCCUAUCCAAAACAGGACCUAACCCAGACCAGGGAGCUAAAGUUAUCCGGGCUGACCCCCAAGGACGGAGACGGCACUGCUCAGAAACCUUCCUUGCCUCAACUUCCCUCUCCACCUCUACCUCGACUUCUUCCUCAACCGCUUCCCUCUUUCCUGAACACCAGUCUGUAGCCCGCCGGCUGGGCUUUGAAAGCAUGCUGUGGGGGAAUGGUGUUGUGACUGAUUCUCCCACUCAGUUCCCCCUUCCUGGACAGCAAUCUCUUCCCACAAAUGCUCAGACUUCAUCUGCAGAGCAAGGCCUUAACUACAUAGACUUGGAUUUGGCCAACAAGGAGAGCCCCCACGUGGGACUGGAUGGGCCCUCUGGCAGCCAGGCCCCAUCUCGCCUCUUCUCUGUACUGGGUUCUGGUUCUGGGGUGGGGGCAGCAGGUGCAUCAGUCGGCAGCAGUGGCAGCUCCAGCCUGAACACGUACGCCAGCAUUGACUUCUACAAAUCAGAGGAGCUGCGGACGCACCAAAAUGGAAGCAAGGAGGGAACUGUGUGUCUUUUAUGUUGUCUCUGUGUUGACUCCCUCCCAUCACCGCCAUCCAGUUGUGACUUCCCCUCCCUGACCCUGGUUCUACCGGAGAGUGUUGAUGUCGGUGAAUCGUCCCUGGGGAAAACAAAGGCUCCGCCUCUUCAUUUUGUGGCAACCUAUCGCAUCGAGAGAGCAGCUGGAUCGGACACGGUCCUCAAGCACUUUGUCAGAGACUGAUGGAAAACGUCUUUUUUUUUUUUUUUUUCCUCUUCGCUUUCAUCUAGUUGGUUGUGGAAACCAACAGGGAUGUGUGCCAAAUGACAUUCUUAAAAAGCUAUUUGCUGCUCUCAUUCCUUGAGUGAAACCCGUCAGAGGAGGGUACAAAAAUGGAGAACAGUGUUUUCUUUUUUCUUUUCCUUUUUUUUUCCUAAUUGGAAAAGCUCCAAUUAUAAAGAAUACAACGGUUGAUGAAAAAGAAAAAUGUGUCGAAUUGUACAUCUGCUCAAAAAGUGCCUCAUUUUCAGAUUGUAGCCAUUUUCCAGAGAACUUCAGUGAAGCUUUGUGGGGUGUUUUUUGUUGUUUUUCUUUCCAAGCUUGAUUUAAUGUAGUUAUAAAAACAAAAGUGGGGAGCACUGGUGUGAGCUUUUACUGCAUUCAUGUCAUAAAGUAUGGAAGGUUUGAAGGUUUGCUAUGUGUGCACACAGCGAUCGUCAGUUUUGUGAUUACAGAGUUGCUCCUAUGUGGCUGAAAAACAUUAUAGACACUAUGUCAUUAGGUUUCAGUUCAUAUUCCUUGAUGUGAGUCUUCCAAGAUGGGUAAAAUAAAUAAAAACAUGUUGACAGUUCUAACUGGGAUGUUGAAAUAAAAUGAAACCAGUGGGGGGAAAAAUUGUACACAAUAAAUCUGAUAUGACAUGAACGCAGCAAUUUCACUAAGGCCUCAGAGCCACAGGCCUAGAGACCAGUCGGCAACCUCCUGGCACCUUCUGGUUGCUAGGGAAAAAAAUAGUAUUCCCCAGCGAAUUGUUGCUAGAGGAAAUCACUGCACCAAAAACUGCACCUUCUUGUCACUGCUGUGGUUGCAGGCAGGUUGCUGCAGUCACUUGUAGUUUGCAAGGAAGAUGCAGACUUGUCUGCAAACACUCGCCGCUUACUCUCCCGAGCAAACCAAAAGCAGAGACUGUUCGCCUUCGAAGUAAUUGCUGCAACCAACACAUUUCAAAAGUUACAGCUUAUUUUGAAGGCCAACAGUUCUCCAUUUCUACUUUUUUCCACUCAUUUCUUACAGUUUCACAGUUGCUUGGCGAAGACAUGGCAAGUGUUAGUGGACAAGUUGUCUUCCGUGUAAGCAACAGGCAACAACAGCAUUUAUUCUUGCAACCUCUAGCAAGCAAAACAAUCGUGAUGUUUUUGAUGCAGCAAUAAAAACACCUUUUUGUGACCAAUUUCGGAAUCGUGUAAUACCCAUUUUUCUUUAGAAAACGAUGGUUGCAACAGGGUCACUAACUAGUCUCCAACCACGCGAGUAUGGAGCUUUUGCAAUCAGUUUCACAGCAACUGUUAGCAGCCUCUAGCAAUGACUUGCAACUGGUUGAGGAAUAAAUAUUUUAACCUGGCGACCAGUAGCUGCCAAAUGGUCGCUGGCAAGACUCUAGGCUUGAGUGACUGAGACCUAAAGUACUAGCAAUCUGCUAGCCUUCCUUUCUACUGUGAGAAAUACUAGCAUAGCUGCUGUUAGCGUACUGUUGAAUAUUUUGUGUCGCUUUUACUUUUCAGAAUUCUAUUUUUCCUCUCCUAUUAUCUUCUUCACUGCAUACUUUCGCUGUUCGGUGAGCCAUAAGUAUUGAGCGCACAGGCCUCAAACAAAAGACACUUUUAGCAGGGAGUACAGUAGCCUGCUAGCUAGUUAAAACCAGCUAGAUCAGAUUAACAUAUUAGCAUCGUGCCAGGGCGUAAAUUCGCCGUCCUGCUGACCACAGCUCAGGGUUAGACCCCCCCCCAAAUAUACAGCUAAGCAAUCCCAUUAGAGCUACUGGCUCCAGACACUUGUGUCUCACUUAAUCCCCUUCAUCUCAGGAUGCUAAAUAGCAUACAGUGCACACAGCUGAGGACAGAGGCCCUAUCAAUAGCCAUGCUGAUGCUAGCUUUGUAGCCGUCAGCACACUGCUUUUUAGCAGCUGAGCAGGGAUCAGUUCUCAUUUCAUCGGUAUGAAAUAAACUGCAGUUUGUUCACUUGGUUUUUUUUUUACACAGCACCAAACAUUUUAAGAGGUGUUUUCACUUUGCUUUGGCCCCGAGUCCUUCUUUUCUGUCUGGCUCUUGCUUCAAUCUCUGCUAUGCAUUAGAACUUAAGUGCCUGUCUGUCCUAUCCAUCUCUCUCUUAGCAGCUAGCACUAAUAUAGAUAUCCUAUCAGAGUAUACUGACUAUUUUUUUUGUCUCUUAUUGUUUUUUGGGUCUCUUUUGGCUGUACAGUUCUCAUGAAAUAACUUGUUCUGUUUGUGCGGUGUGGCAGCGAUCUAUCCGAUGACUUGACUGAUAGCCGUGGCUCUGAUCCCAGAAGUGUUGGACCUUAAUGGAGGACUAAAUCGCUGCAGUGCCAAAACACAAAAAAACCCGGCUGUUCUCCUCUCGUGACCUUGAGCUCUCAAGUCUGGACACAUUGCUUUGUUUUUGUUUUGGGGGGGGGUGAAAAAAAAUGUUAAAAAAUGUAACCUUUUAUGUUCUCCCUCCCUUGGUGUUUUCUUUAGCAGCGAGGGGAAAACUGUGACAUAUCUCACCUCGCUGUCUGCUCAUUGUGAAGAUUUGCGUAUGCUUUAACCUUGAAUUUGUGUGUGACUCUGACUGGAGGGUUUAAAAAAAAUACAAGUACACGAAGAGGAAGAAAAGGCCGCCGCACAGAAACAGCAGCAAGAAGGAGAAAAAUAAUAAAUAACUACACAUGUGUGUGUGUAGCUGCAAAUUUGGACUCGCGUGUUUGCCCGCCUGCCUCGGGAUGCUCGUGAACUUUUUCCCUCUGGUCACAUGACUUUUGAGGUUGACAGCGUAAAACAAUUGAGCUUUUUUUGAGUGGUAGGAAACUGCGGGUAAUAAAGGAUAGACAUUCAUAAUUGAGAGGGGGAAGAAUAAACAGACUCAUGAAAACAUGAAUCUCACGUGUUUACCCACUCCAGACUCGCAGGCAAACACGCGAUAAUGAGUAGAAAUGCUUCUAAUGGUAUUUUUGGAGAUGUUCUCAUAAUGUAACUCAGCAGUUUUCAGCCAAAACACAAAUGCUCGAUGGUACUUUGGAGUUCAGAAAGAGCGCACAAACACAGUUGCUUUCAAUCCUGUCGUUAUUAUCCUGCCCGAGCCUCCCCCACCCCUCAAGCUCUGAGCAUCUGAUGAUUUUAUUCUUUUUUUUUAUUUUAUUUUAUUUUUGCUUCUUAAUGAACGUUUUUACCUUGUCAAACUGCCCGCAGUCUGGAAAACUUCAGCUGCCCGUGGCGACGUACUCGAUUGUCACACCCACAUAUCAUGAACUGAACUCCUUAUGGGAGACGCUCAGGCAGUUUUAAGGUCGGCUGUAUGAUUUCAUUCAUUGCGUUGUUAGCGGAUGUAGACGUGUUCAUUAAAUGUGCAGGAAGGUGCUGCUGGUGCUGCUGUUCUGAAUUGUAUGUAUUCCUCCUGUUCCCCCUGAGGGAUGGUACUGAAUGGGGAAUAUUGUGAGAUUUGCCAUUGAUGUAGACAGUUUUACUUCUAUUGCUUGAGGAAAAACAAAAUUUGACUAAAAAGGAUUAAAAAAAAA